UGUUUUCCUCUCCCAUAUAUUUUUUGCAGCCUUUUCGCCAUUUUUCUCUUAACGCAAAAUAGAGAUAUCAAUUUAACUUUAGUUUUUGAAAUGUAACCGGUAUUUUUUUGAUUGAACUGCUUUUAAAGAUUUUUUGUUUUGAAUAAAUUUGUUUUCUUUUUUCUAUUUUUUGUCAAAAAAUAUUUUUUUAAUAUAUUAAAGUAUUUGAAAUUAUUUUUACUUUAAUUUUAUUUUAAAAGAAAAAAAUGCCAAAACAAGGAUUUGACUUAAAUUGUGAAAUUAGGGCUAGUUCAAUGGACGAUUUGACUUUAGAAAGAAGGAGUGGCAUAUCCUUUGACAAGAGUGAUAGGAGCAGGGAUUUCUACAGGAUUACAAAAUAUUCCCGUGGAUCUGUUGAAUUUUCUACAAAUUCGGCUACAUUAAACGAUGGAAAUCAACAGAUGCUUAAUACAAAACGUGUGAAUAAUAGACAAGCAAAUAAAGGUGAAAAAGAUCGAAAGCAAUUAUGUCCAAAAAAUUCUUUUGGAUUUGGAGCUGUGGAUAAAGGGAACGAUAAAACAAUUUCAUGCCAAAAUGCAUCUGGUGGAACAGUUGGUUGGCAAGCAUCCUUUCAAACAGUCAGAGAUCGUCUUUCCUAUAUGCUUUUAAAUGGAACUUUGGCAGAUGUUUUCUUUCUUUUUCGAAAUUUGGAUGGAACUUUACAGAGAGUUCCUGCACAUAAAUUUGUUUUGUCUAUCGGUUCUUCUGUUUUUGAAGCAAUGUUUCGGUUUGAUGAGACUACAAAUAAUUCUUUGGGUCGUUCCAAUACUUUUCAAGAGAUUGAACUUGUUGAUGUUGAAAAAGAGUCAUUCGAAGCUUUAUUGACUUAUCUUUAUACAGACAAUACACAAACAACAAUCAAUAAAGAUUCGGUUAUGUCUAUUUUAUAUACAGCUAAAAAGUAUGCCAUUCCUGGUCUCGAAAGUGCUUGUAUUUCCUUUUUGGAAACUUGUUUAACUUGCGAGAAUGCUUUUAUGUUAUUGGCGAAAGCACGUUUUUAUGACGAGGAGCGUCUAGCAAAGCAAUGUUUGGAAAUAAUUGAUGAAGAUGCCCAGGAAGCAUUAAAAGCUGAUGAAUUUGUAAAUAUUGACCAUGAAACUCUUUGUUUGGUUUUAAAAAGGAAUACUUUAAGAGUUAAAGAAUUGACUUUAUUUAAUGCUGUCAAACGUUGGGCUAUUGAAGCUUGUCGAGUCGAAGAUUUACAUCCAUCACCUGAAAAUCAAAGAAAAGUAUUGGGAAGUGCUCUUAAUUUAAUUAGAUUUCCGUUAAUGAAUCCUUCAGAUUUUGCUAAACAUGUUGCACCAACAAAACUUUUAACAUCAGAAGAAAUGGUUAAUAUUUUUGUAUUUUAUCAUUCUGAAAAUGGACAACAAUCUUCUUCCCUUCCAUAUUCUCUUUGCUAUAGAGGUCUAUAUACACCUGAAAUGUUUGUUAAUCGUUUUCAAAGAGUUGAAUCUUCUUGGGGAUAUACGGGGACGCCCGACAGAGUAAAAUUUAUGGUAGAUACUCCAAUACUUGUUUUGGGUUUUGGUUUGUAUGGCUCAAAUAGGGAUUCGUGUAAAUAUUCGGUUGUUAUAGAGAUUAUAAAUUUUACAAUUGGGAAAUUAAUUGCAACAAAUGAAUGUCAAUUUGUUUCUGAUGGAAGUGCUUCAACAUUUCGUGUAAUGUUUGAUGAACCUGUAGAAGUAUUGGCUAAUGUUACUUAUGUUGCCUCUGCUAAUUUAUCUGGACAUGAAUCACAUUAUGGAUCAAAAGGAUUAAGAAAAAUUAAAUUGGAAAGACCUGGACGUUCUGACAUUAAUUGGCAUUUUCAAUAUGCACCUGGAAGUAAUAAUGGAACAAGUGUAGAAGAUGGGCAGAUACCCCAAAUAAUAUUUUGUGCAAAACAUCCUUAUUAAGAAUUUUAGAAUAAGGAAGAAAACAUGUACAGACAUCC